CAGAAGUGGACACACCUCUAGAUUAUGACCAAUCCGUCCAGAGGUUGAACCAAUGCUACCCGUUUAACUUAUUUUUUUAAGAAGUUUAUUUCCCAGACUGGACGCAUGAAAGACUGCGUGCAAGAACAGAAGUCAUAAGCUUAAAAGAAACGCAUCGAAGCCUGAACUCAUGGAUUGGAAAGUUCUUCAGGGUUUUCUCAGCGGAGUCAACAAGUACUCCACCGCCUUCGGAAGGAUCUGGUUAUCGGUGGUCUUUGUUUUCCGGGUGCUGGUCUUCGUGGUGGCUGCUGAGCGAGUCUGGAGCGACGAGCAGGGGCACUUCGACUGCAACACCCGCCAGCCUGGUUGCACCAACAUCUGCUAUAAUCACUUCUUCCCCAUCUCCCACAUUCGCCUUUGGGCCCUCCAACUUGUUUUCAUCACUUGCCCUUCAUUCAUGGUGGUGCUCCACGUGGCUUACCGGGAAGAACGGGAACGCAAGUACCGAGCCAAGCACGGCGAGAACACUCGGCUUUACGACAACACGGGACAAAAGCAUGGUGGCCUGUGGUGGACGUACCUGAUGAGCCUCUUCAUCAAAACCGGUUUCGAGAUCACUUUUCUCUACUUGCUCCACUACAUCUAUGAUAGCUUUAAGCUGCCCAGGAAGGUCCAAUGCGAUGUCAGCCCCUGUCCAAAUCUGGUCAACUGCUACGUGUCUCGACCCACUGAGAAAACCAUUUUUUCCUACUUCAUGGUGGGAGCAUCCGUCCUGUGUGUGGUGCUCAACAUUUGUGAGAUAUUCUACAUGAUUGCCACCAGAGUGGUGAAUCGAAAACAACAUGGCAGCAUCAGAAUUGCAUCGAGAAAGGGCCGCCCUGAAGUGGACUGCGACGGCUGCAAGUCCUCUCACGCUGAAUAGCUGAAGACCCCUUUGGGGAAAAAAAAAUCAAGAAAUCUUCUCAUGCCCCUUAUUAAUCAUCUUUUUUAUGCAUUAAAUGUUAAGUAGUUUCACCUUUGGCUUUCAAAUCUCUGAUAUGGUGUUCUGCACAUUUGAAGAUCCCAUCCUAAUAUCAUUCAAAUGUAAGAUUAUCCACUUGACAUCUGACACCUCAUAUCAGCUUCAACUGAACUUAAGUGUGUGCGUGUUUUGUUAACCUUCAUGGAUCUCUCCAUGGCCCUAAUGGACACGAUGAUAAUUUAGACCUCUGAGUGUUGUUAAAAAGCACCCAUGAAAAAAGGUGAACGCAUUCAGGUUUAUUGUAUUUACAUUUAUAAAGUUUCCGGAAUGUAAUUUAAUGUAAAUGUUCUAAUUCCCUGUUGUGAUCUUAGAAAUAAAUGUUUAAUGAAAUAUCAGAAACUGAUUUUCACAUUAUGGGCUGAACAUUCACAGAUUUGUGACUACAGACAGUACAACACUGAGCAAAAGUGACUGUUAAUUUGUUUGAUUUAGUCGCUCAAAAGGACAAAAAUAAACAUUUCA